AUGACCAUCUCCAACCACCUUUCUGGGUCCGCAGAAACAUCACGCCGCGAUGACCAAGUCUCACACGAUGCCGACGUCCUCGCAACACUGGGCCACCCCCAAGAACUCGCCCGUCAAUUCAACCUAUGGAGCAUGCUCGCGCUGGCCUUCACUGUGCUGGGCACAUGGUCGACCUUGGCACAGAACCUCGCAAGCGGCCUCUCUGCUGGCGGUCCAGUCAGUAUUCUCUGGGGCCUAGCCCUCGUCACGUUCUGCAAUCUCUGCGUUGCCGUCUCCUUGGGUGAAUUGACCAGCGCCAUGCCCACGGCCCUCGGCCAAGCCUACUGGAUCUUCCGCAUCCAGCCAACGCCCUUUGGCCGCUUCCUCUCAUACAUGUGUGCUUGGAUCAACACCUUCGGAUGGUGGACACUCACGGCUUCCCAAACAGCCUUCAUGACAAACUUCAUCUUGUCCAUGAAGACGAUAUUCGAGCCCAACUGGCCAGCAGCCGGAUACGGGUGGCUCGAGUUCUUGAUCUACAUCGGCCUCACACUUUUGCUGACGCUGAUCAACAUCAUAGCCUGCCGCAAAGACCGCGUCCUGCCUUGGAUCAACAACGUCGUUGGCGCCCAGUUCACUCUGCUAUUUCUCGCUUUCGCGCUGGCAUUGCUCAUCUCCGUGGGCGUCAAGGCCCAUCUCGCCUACCAGUCCGGUUCGUUCGUCUUCGGCACCUGGAUCAACACGACCGGCUGGCCGAACGGUGUGAUCUGGUUCACAGGCCUGAUUCAGUCCGCCUACGGCCUGACGGCGUUCGAUGCGUGCAUCCAUAUGGUCGAAGAACUGCCAGCGCCAUCCAGGAACGGUCCCAAGGUGAUAUGGCUGUCCGUCAUGAUCGGUGCAGUCUCUGGCUUUCUUUUCAUGAUGGUCUGCUUGUUCUGCGUACAGGACAUAGGCGAUCUGACCAACGCCGAUCUCCCAUUCGUCGAACUGUGCCUUUCGACAAUGGGGCUGACCGGGGCUGCAGUCCUACUUGCUCUCUUCGUGGUGAACGGAGUGGGUCAGAACAUCAGCAUCAUGACCACGGCGAGUCGAUUGACGUGGGGUUUCGCGCGCGAUGGCGGGCUACCUUGGCACAGCUAUCUUGCCAUGGUGAACGGAUAUUGGCACGUCCCUGUGCGUGCGCUAUGGGUCCAGGGGGUUCUCAUCGCCCUCGUCGGCUUGUUAUAUCUGUUCGCCAACACCGUGCUGCAAGCUAUAUUGAGCGUGAGCACGAUCGCUCUGACAAUCUCAUACGGCAUCCCGAUUGCAGUGUUAUUAGUCGUUGGCCGGGACAAGUUACUACCCAUGCAGGGUGAGUUCCGUCUCGGGCGAUGGGGCUUUGCAGCGAAUGUGGUCAGUCUGAUCUACUGUGCCAUAACAACGGUGUUUUUCUUCUUCCCGAGCGAUCCGAACCCGGCGCCGGCGGAUAUGAAUUGGGCAAUCGCCGUGUUUGGUGUCAUGUUGGUCAUCGCCGUGGGGUUCUGGUUCGUGCAGGGACGCAGCUCGUAUUUGAGGACGGAGGAGUCCAUGUUGAGGGAACUGGUCAGUCAGGCUGGGGAGGAAGAUGUGCUGGAUGUCACCAGAUAUGGUGACGACGACACCGCAAAGGAUACUGGAGUGGUAGGACCCGGGAUGGAGCGUGAGCAUAGGAAGAGGGUAUGAUGGGAUGUUUCUGGGCGGUACUGCGGUACUGAUGAACUGA